AUGCAGAAGCAACAACAUCAACCCUCCGGUAUCAUUAACCCUAAGUAUUGUGCUCCAUAUAAUGUUGACCUAGCAAUUGUGAGAAAGGUCUUGACAUUGGCUGAUAGCUUUUCCGUCACCGACGUUAAUGGCAAAAUAGUCUUCAACCUUAGUGCCUCUCUCAUGACCCUCCACGACCACCGUCUCUUACUUGACGCCGUCGGCAAACCCAUCGUCACACUACUCCGGAAGAAGAUGACAACUAAUGAUCGGUGGCAAGUUUUUCGAGGUGAAAGUACUGAGAUGAAGGAUUUGAUCUUUAGUGUACAGAGAUCGUCCCUUUUCCAGCUAAAGACAAAAUUGGAUGUGUUCUUAGCUAACAAUACUAAAGAAAAAGUUUGUGACUUUAAGGUCAAAGGAAGUUGGUUCGAGCGAUCUUGUGUUGUUUAUGCUGGUGAGUCUCUCACCAUUGUUGCCCAGAUGCAUAAGAAGCACAUUCAAAGCAUUGCGCUUGGGAAAGAUGAUUUCGUGGUUACAGUGUAUCCAAACAUUGACUAUGCAUUCAUAGUGUCCCUGAUUCUGAUUCUUGACGAAAUUAAUCAAGACAAGAGACAAUCCUAG